UUUCUCUCUCAGAGCCUGUUGUUGAAGAUGCUUUUGAACAAAAAGGAUGAGUUUAACAAUAAGCUAGAGGGAAAAAUUCGAAAUAUGUGUGUUAAUGUACAUAUAAUGUCAUAAGUAAGUGAUGAGUUUGCCGUGCGGUUAAAGAACCACGCGCACGGAAUGCCUGUGCCUUCCUCCCGGUGGUGCUAGCGUGGAGGAUGAAGGCAGAGAUCGGCUGGAGCAAUGCGGAGGCAGGAGAUCGGCGCUGGACGAAAAGCGGCGUCUCCGCGGCGACUGUCCCCUGCAGGGAGCAAGGCGGGGCGGGCAGCGCUCGGUGCCUGCAGUGCCGGGCGGAGGCUGCGGGCGCCGCUGUUGACCGAGAGGAGCGAGAGGAAGCUCGGAGCGCUGCAGCCCCGCCCGCUGCGGACCCGCUCGAUCGCUCGCUCGGGGUCUGGCUGGGCGGCCGAGAGGUCUGCGAGCGUGUCCGCGGUGCGGAGCCGUUCUGUAGCAAGACGGAGGAGGCCGUGGCUGAAAUACCGGCAGAAGCUGAGAGCAGAGUCGGAGCCGGAGCUGUCUGAGUUGGCGGCGAGGAGCUGCAAGCGGUGGAGCGGUGCCGCUGCGGAGAUGUGCGCGGCGGGGAGGCGCUGGGGCCGGCGGCAGCGAGCUCUGCUCGGGGCCGUCCUGCUGGCGGCGUGGCAGGCGGCGUGGGGGCAGCUGCGCUACUCGGUGCCCGAGGAGAUGCCCAAGGGCUCGUUCGUGGGCGACGUGGCCAAGGACCUGGGGCUGCACCUGCCGGAGAUCCGAGAUCGCGGCGUCCGGGUGGUUACCGAAGGUAGUACGCAGUAUUUCACUGUGCACGGGAAGACGGGACAUUUAGUGACAGCGGAGAGGAUCGACAGAGAGCAGCUGUGCCGGCUGGUGGAGAAAUGCGUGCUGCGCUGUGAGCUGAUAGUGGAGGGACAGAUGCAGGUUUACCGAAUAGAAGUGGAAAUCACGGACAUUAAUGACAACGCGCCCAGCUUCAAGGAAAUUGAGCUGGAAGAAAGAAUAAGCGAGGCGACAGCACUGGGGUCGCGCUUUCCCCUGGUCGAGGCUCAGGAUCCUGACUCGGGGCGGAAUUCCCUGCAGAGCUACGAGCUGAGCGGCGACGAGCACUUCUCGCUGGCCGUGCAGGCGGGCCCCGGCGGCGAUCAGCGUCCCGAGCUGGUGCUGGCCAAGGCGCUGGACCGGGAGGAGGCGGCGUUUCACGAGCUGGUGCUGAGGGCGAGGGACGGCGGCGAUCCGGCACGGACGGGCACGGCUCGGAUCCGCGUGACGGUGCUGGACGCGAACGACAACGCGCCCGUGUUCAGCCAGGCGGAGUACACGGUGCGAGUGCCCGAGGACGUGCCCGUGGGCUCUGUCCUUGUUGCUGUAACCGCCACCGACGCUGAUGAGGGGCUGUACGGACAGGUGAAAUACUCUUUGAAAAAAGUGUCCGACAUGGCAUCGAAUAUCUUCCAUCUGGACUCUGAGAGUGGAGAGAUCACUCUGCUGCGGAGCCUGGACUUUGAGGAAGGCGACUCUUACGAACUGCAGGUGCAGGCACGGGACGGGGGAGGCCUUCUGGACACGGCCAAGGUCACAAUAGCGGUAACAGAUAAAAACGAUAACGCGCCGGAGAUUUCGUUGAGGUCAGCACUAAGUGAGAUUUCUGAGGACGCCCCUUCGGGGACGACAGUCGCCCUACUGCACGUGCAGGACCGGGACUCGGGAUCGAACGGUGCUGUGCACUGCUCGAUCGACAAAGACGUCCCGUUCCGUCUGGAGAAGAAUUUUGAGGACUACUACAGCGUGGUGACAGCAAGCGAGCUGGACCGGGAGCAGGUGUGGGAGUACAACGUGACGGUGCGGGCGGCGGACGGCGGGUCGCCGUCGCUGCAGAGCAGCGCGGUGCUGGCGCUGCGGGUGCUGGACGUGAACGACAACGCGCCGGUGUUCUUGGAGGAGCGCUACAGCGCGCGGCUGGCGGAGAACAACGCGGCGGGCGCGCUGGUGCUGACGGUGCGCGCCACGGACGCGGACUGGGGGCAGAACGCGCGCGUGCGCUACCGGCUGGCGGAGGGGCGGGUGCGGGGCGCGCCGCUGUCGUCGUACGUGUCGGUGCAGGCGGAGACGGGCGCGCUGUACGCGCUGCGCUCCUUGGACUAUGAGCAGGUGCGCGAGCUGCAGCUGUGGGUGCGGGCGGAGGACGGCGGCGCGCCGGCGCUGAGCAGCAACGUGUCGGUGCGGCUGCUGAUCGUGGACGAGAACGACAACGCGCCGCAGGUGCUGUACCCGCCGGCGGGCGCAGCGGCGGGCUCGGGCGCGGCGUGGUCGGGCGUGGAGCUGGCGCCGCGCCGGUCGGAGGCCGGCGCGCUGGUGGCCAAGGUGGUGGCGGUGGACGCGGACGCGGGGCAGAACGCGUGGCUGUCCUACGAGCUGGCCAAGGCCACGGAGCCGGGGCUGUUCCGCGUGGGGCUGCACAGCGGCGAGGUGCGCACGGCGCGCUCGCCGCUGGCCCGCGACGCGGCGCGCCACAGCCUGGUGGUGCUGGUGCGGGACCACGGGCGGCCGGCGCUCUCGGCCACGGCCACGCUGAGCGUGGUGCUGGCCGAGAGCGUGGCCGAGCUGCUGGCCGAGCUGGGCAGCGCGGCCGACGAGGCGGCGGCGCCGGGCGAGCCGGCCGCCAGCCUGACGCGCUGGCUCGUGCUGGCCGUGGCCGCCGUGUCGUGCCUCUUCGUGGCCUUCCUGCUGCUGCUGCUGGCGCUGCGCCUGCGCCGCUGGCACCGCCAGCACCUGCUGCCGGCCGACAGCGGCGCCCUGCGCGGCGUGCCCGUGUCGCACUUCGUGGGCAUCGACGGCGUGCGCGCCUUCCUGCAGUCCUACUCGCACGACGUGUCGCUCACGGCCGACUCGCGCAAGAGCCAGCUGCGCUUCUCGGCCGCCAGCUGCUGCGACACCCUCCCGGCCCGCCCGCCGCCCGACGAGCCCGCGCCGCUGCUCGGGGACCAGGACCCCGCCGGCGCCCUGCCCGCGCCUUCUGCCCCUCCCUCGGUGAGUUUCUCUCUCCACAUUUUCCCUGCGACGCUUUCUUCUAAUGCUCCCCUGCCCUUUCCCCGCCGUGUCCCCGGUCUUGCAUCGGAGAUUUUGCUUCAAGCAUACUAGAUUUUCUGUCGAUGACAUUGUGAAGGCUGGUGCACUUUGCUGUCGUCAUGUGAACACGGGGUAGGUUCCCCCCCGUGCCUCCCAGUUAGUGAAGAAGGAAGGAGGGACAGGGUUACUGCUGUCCGGCUGUUGCUUAGGUUGUAGGUUUGGGUAUUGAUCAGGUUGCAGAUGUUGUUCCCCUGUAUGAGCUGUGCUGUGUAGAGUCUGUGUUCCUGUUAGUAUUCGAUCUUCUGAAGGGAUGGAUCCCAUUAUGGAGAAAUAGAACUUUUUCGGAGGUUCAUGUGUCUUCCCAAGAACACAUGAGCUUGAAUAGGUAGAGUGUGUCUUGAACAAAAUGCUGAUGGUUUUGCAUGGAACCUCUCUGCACAUUGCUUCCAGUGUUUAUCGCUGUCCAUGAGACAUGGUGGAGGUCAGCAGGAAGUGUUUGUGUCAUGCCUGCUUUGGUCUGUGUCCCCAAGAGAGGAUUGGACCAGGCAAGAAGUGGUCCUGGUGAUGUCUGUGUGCCUGUCAUGAGGAUGAAGGAUCCUCUCGAAGUUGUGCCACUUUGAAAAGCCUGUGGGGGGCGGCAUGUGGAGGAGGAAACGCAGGAGGAAAUGGCAGAACUGCUUUGGUUUUCUCUUGCUUUUUAAUGUAGAGCUAUGUCAGAUGAGCUGGAUGAAGCUUGGCUGUAAAAUAUUUAGCAUGGGAAGAGAAUUGGCUGGAUGGGAAGGAGAGAUUGAAGGUGCAGGCAGAGCUGCAAGGUGGGCAUAAUUCCCUGUGGGCACAUAUUCAGUGACUCAGUGUCCCUUGGAAGACUGCUCAGUUUCCCUUUGAGGCCUAAGAAGUGUCUCCACAGAACUUCAGUGAGCAGCAAAUGCAGCUUGCAGAGCACAGAGCUGUAGAGAUAGCUGUGUGAAAUUGGUGGUGGGAAGAGAAAUGGUGUGGGGAAGUGGGCCUGCGCUGUCACAUGUUUUUAAGAUAUUUGGGUGCAAGGACAGCAUGGAUGGUGUGAAGGGUUGGAAAUCUGCGUGCUGUGAGCCGUGCGUGAAUGCCUGCUGCAAGAGUCAAGGGAAUGUUUUCCUCCAUUCCCUGUCUGCGUCCUGUCUUUAGGAUGAAGCCAUGUAAGGUUUUUCUUCCCAAAGGAAUUGUCUAGAAGAUCUGUAUUGCUGCUGCAUGGAGAACCCUGGCAGGUUCUUGUUCAGUAUUUUCAUGUCAUCAUGGUUGUGUCACUUCAAA